CCGCCCCGACCGGUCCCGUCUGGAAGACCCUACGCUGCGGAGCGCUUCCGGGACGCGGCGCCAUGCGGCUGUUUCCGCGCGCCAUGUGCGCUUCUGUGGCUGCCUGGCGCCAAUGCUUUCCCUUACACGGCCGCGACGUGGCGCGGUGGUUCCCGGGCCACAUGGCCAAGGGGCUGAAGAAGAUGCAGAGUAGUCUGAAGUUGGUGGACUGCAUCAUCGAGGUCCAUGACGCCCGGAUCCCACUUUCAGGUCGAAAUCAUCUGUUUCAGGAAACCCUUGGGCUGAAGCCUCACUUGCUUGUCCUCAACAAGAUGGACUUGGCAGAUCUGACAGAGCAGCAGAAAAUUGUGCAUCACUUAGAAGGAGAAGGCCAAAAAAAUAUCAUUUUUACCAACUGUGUGAAGGAUGAAAACAUCAAGCAGAUCAUCCCGAAGAUCACUGAACUAGUUGGGAGCAGCUAUCGCUACCAUCGAGCAGAGAACAUGGAGUACUGCAUCAUGGUGAUUGGUAUCCCCAAUGUGGGCAAGUCCUCCCUCAUCAACUCCCUGAGGAGACAGCACCUGAAGAUAGGAAAAGCUGCCAGAGUGGGUGGUACACCUGGGAUCACCAGAGCUGUAACAUCCAGAAUUCAGGUGUCUGAGCGGCCACUGAUGUUCCUGUUGGACACCCCUGGGGUGCUGGCUCCUCGGAUUGGAAGUGUGGAGACAGGCUUCAAGCUAGCCCUAUGUGGAACAGUGUUGGAUCACCUGGUUGGGGAGGAGACCAUGGCCGACUACCUCCUCUUCGUCCUUAACCAGCACCGGAUGUUCAGGUAUGUGCAGCACUAUGGCCUGAGCGGUGCUAGUGAUGACGUAGAGCACGUGCUGAAGAGCAUAGCUGUGCGGCUGGGGAGGACGCGGAAGGUGAAGGUGCUCACUGGCACAGGUGAUGUGAAUGUCAUCCAGCCCAACUACGCUGCGGCAGCCCGUGACUUCCUCCAGGCCUUUCGGAGUGGCCUGCUGGGCCCCGUGAUGUUAGACCGUGACAUCCUGCAAGGCUGUCUCCCUGCUGACUCAGAGCCCUGAACUUGCUGGGGUGGGUGUGUGUGGCCCCCGGACGUCAUGCAGCCAGAACAUUUGAAGCUGGAUUCUGCCUACCUUUUUCCAAAAGUUCCAUGCUGGUCCUCAUACCCAGAUCCUGCUCCAGAGGCAUGCUGUGCUCUCCCACCCAC